CAAACUCUUUUCCACAGUCGACAGCAAAGUCAAGAAGCAGCACAAGAAUGGCGCCCUUGCAACUUGUCACUCUCCUCUGUUUCGUCUUCUCUGUUUCCGGAUCCAUAAUCGUCUCGAACCCUCAUGCUGCAGAAUCCUUCAAUGCCAGUCUCAUUCAGAAUUUGGGAAGCUGUAGUUACACGGUGAUCAUCUCCACGAGCUGUUCGUCACCGAGGUACACGCGAGACCAGAUCAGCCUCGCUUUCGGCGAUGGCUACGGAAAUCAGGUAUACGCACCGCGGCUUGAUGACCCAGGGACGAGAGCAUUUGAUAAAUGUUCAUCAGAUACCUAUGAGAUAAACGGACCAUGUGCAUACCAGAUAUGCUAUGUUUAUCUCUACAGGUCUGGUCCGGAUGGUUGGGUUCCAGGGCGUGUUAAGAUAUUCGGUCAUAGCUCCAAGGCAGUCACUUUCUCCUACAACAAAUAUGUCCCCGAAAGCAUAUGGUAUGGUUUUAAUUACUGCAACAGCAUCUCUCAUUCUAACUCCCUAACUUUGUCCGGUCUCAGCAAGCUCCUACUUGUAGGGCUUGUCACUUUGCUUUGGUAAGUUUGCUAUUUGCCCUCCUUUUUUUUUUUUUUUUUUUUGACAACUUGCUAUUUGCCCUCCUUUGUGGAAUAAGUGUCUAAUAUCGAACCAUUUCUUCUUUUUGCUUCUUUUCUCGUGUGUUUACAUGGACCCUUGGUUUACGCAUAUGUUAUUCGGUUAGGUUUGCAUUCGUAUGCACUUUCUUUAACUCGGUUUGCGACGAUAAUGAUAAGUUUUUAUUCUAUAUAGAGCACAUCAAUCUACAAAACUCACUGAAAACACUUAGGCAUUGAAAUCCCUUUGGAGCCUUUGAUUGAGCUUAGCCCGUCACAGACUCAGUCCUGUGAUUCCACCAGUUGAACAACACCAAUAAUAUACUAGAAGACCUAUGAAGUCUGAAACUUCCAUUCUCAUCUACAGCUAAGCCCAAUUAAGAACACCAUUCUAGAGACUCCAAGGCCUAAUAUAAAUCCACUUGUAGACAACCCCAGAUUUGAAGGCCCAGGAAGACAUAGUUGUAACAUGUCGAAGUCAACCCUCAAAUGCAAUUUGUUUGCAAUGACAUCAUUUCAUAUGAAUGAAAACUAGUCGUCUACAACGAUCCAAACUAAAUAGCAGAUGAAUUUACUCCCACAAAAUAUAAUACGAUAAAACAUCAAGAAGAAAAUUCACAAUAAUCCAAAUCGCACGCAUCUACAAAAUCCAAUGGAUCGGGAUUCAAGAAAUCAUUUUAAAUAAAUAUAUAAGAAACCUUUCCGCGACGUAAUCUCUGGCCAUUACAAUUUAGUUUUUCGUUGACGACAAAGACGAUGGAAAAGACAAAACGACCCCAGGUAUAAACAAUAUGACAUGUCAUCUCUUACGCAAGCAUAAAGUCAAAUUAAGGAAAAAUACAAUCUUAACAUUGUCAUUUCAGAAGACAACAAAUUAUGAAAGAUUGGGUCUUGCGAGAAACAUAUAUAAAUAUUUCAUCUAUUGACAAGUACGUGCAAAGGUGACAAAUUGAAAAAAAAAAAGGAGAAAGGUAUGUACGAAGAUGAAUGUGAAAUACUAAUAUGUAUUAACUAGCUAGUAUCUAGAGAAAAACAAUGUCAUUUUCAGUUUUAUUUUGAAGAGUAAUC